AUGAGACAGCCUGGGUUAAUUUAUGCUACUCUGAGGCACAAGGAUCGGGACAAGCUAGUUGUUAUUGAGGGUACAUUUUAUAUCCAUUCUAUUUCAUACUUUGCACUUCUUGAUAAUCGUUCUAUUCAUUCAUAUGUGGCGAGUAUAGUAACUGGGGGUCUUGAAAUUCCUGUUGAGAAUACCGAGGUUGCAUUCUCUGUCCAUCUUCAUAUGGGUACUCCGGUAGAGGUUAAUAAGGUUUAUAAGAAUUGUCCGUUAGAACUUCAUGAUAAAAUCUUUCUAGCUAAUCUGAUGGAGUUACCUUUCGGAUAUUUUGACCUUAUCCUCAGAAUGGAUUGGUUAUCCGCUCACCGAGCUAAUCUAGAUUGUGAUUUAAAAAGGGCUACUUUGAAAACUUAUGAUAAAUGUGAAGUUGUCCUUAUUAGGGAACGUCGUGGACAGUCUGACAAUGUAAAAGAUAAGAUCAGAGUUGUGAGAGAAUUAUCGAAUGUCUUUCUGGAAGAAUUACAUGGUGUACCGCCUAAGCGUAAGGAGAUUAAGUUCGACAUUGAGGUAUACAUUGGCUCAGCUCCGGUGUCUAUGGCUCCUUACAAGAUGACACCUAAGGAGCAUAAGAAGUUGAAGGUUUAG